AUGAACGGCGACCAGAACGAGGGUAACAGCGUUCCACGUUCAAGUACGGAACAGAGUGAGGAUGAUAUGGAGCCAGUGGGCACUGGACCUGGACCAGUGGUUGUGCUCAAUCAGUCUCGGAAAAUGUCGAUUUAUGGACCGAAUUUCAAAUUUGGACCGCUUCAGCUACGCAGACAAAGACUGUUGACAAAGAUGAAGGAUGAGGCUGAGGCUGCCAUGGCAGAGAGAACUGAGCAAUUGAAGUCGGAGGAUGAGCAGCAGAAAAAGCGUCAAGAAGAAAAGAUGAAACGUCGGAAGACUUCCAAGAAGGACAAAAACGACGAGAACAAAGAUGGUUUGGUCAACAACAACUGCACCACCAGCGACUACAACAAUUACAAUCAAAUGUUCCAAGCUCAUAUGCCGCCACCAGCACCGCCACCAGUAUCACAGCAUCAAAGCUUCCAGCAACACUUCCAAGCCCCACAGUAUCCAAAUUACGAUUUCCCACAGUACCAGGGAUAUGAGCAGUAUCCGGACUACAACCAAUAUCAGCAGCAAUACCAUCACCACGCCGUGUUUGCACAAUAUCCGGACUACAGUGCCCAGUAUGCCACGAAAUUCUGA